CUGGAACUCUAACCCGACCAAUUACUAAAAUUGUUGUUUUACCCGCUAAUUAGUCUAAUACUUUUACUCAAACCCUAACCCAAAAUAACAAUAUCAUCACUAACUAGCUCAACUAACCACCCUAACUAACCCAAAUUUAUUAUGAAUCGUUUAACCCUUCACCCUAACCCACUAACACAUUCAUUACACUUCAUUCAUUCACACAUAAUUUCUUUUAUACAGAAUAUGGCACCCAAUAACAACAACAAUCGUAAAGGACGUUCCAACCGUUCCAGCCGCAAUGGAUCUCGGCCCAAACCCAACCGCAAAAACGAUAAACGUCAACCAAAACGCCAUUUUGGUUGCGGUAUUUGUCAAGCCGAUCACAGCUUAACAAACUGUCGAAAGUUCCAAAAGAUGAACUUGGCGGAGAAAUACAAAACCGCAGUUAAAUUGCACUACUGCGUCAAUUGUUUGGCGAGGAACCAUCUCAUUGGCGGUUGCACGAGUAAGGCUCGUUGCCAACAAUGUGGUGGUAAACACCACUCCACCCUACAUGGUCCAAAUAGGAUUUUAAAGAAUUUGACCCAGGACCAAUCCCCUCCACCAACUCCGGCACCAAGAACUCCACCCACACCAGCUCCAAGACGAUCAUUAGACAUCGUGAAAGUUACAACACCGGUAACAACGUCGAUGAUGAAAACGUUUGUUCCUACAGCAGUUGUGCAGGUAGGAAGUCGGCGGGCAAGGGCAAUACUAAAUCCUAGCUUGACUAAGUCUAGAAUAGCAGCCGUCUUUGUUAGUGAAAGUUCCCUAGCUCCCUUCAAAAUCGACAAAGAGGUGUUUGUGAAGGUGUUAAUUGCACCAAAUUAUUCCUCAAGCCUCCGAUACGAGGUUUGCAUGGAGGUGGUUAAGGAUCUGCCAAAAACCCCAUAUCCAAGCCCCAUGGACGAAACAAUUAAAAGUAAAUUGUGUCGCAUAUCGCUGGCUGACCCGGAGUUUUACUCCAACAACCCAGUCUCCAUGGAAAUUGGUGGAGACCUUUACACAAGCAUCCUACAACCGAAUGUGAUUCACAUUGACGGGGGAUCACUUAUAGCCCAGGAUUCCACCCUUGGCUGGCUGGUCAUGGGAUCAUCUACCCAAUAAACCCGCACACAAUGAAGUUGCCAGGCCCGGGAGGAUGUUCACAUCAGUGAACACAUAACACUGUCCAUCCCUGACGUCAUUUAAUACCCACACAUAACUGCAGCCAACUUCAUCUACAUAUGAACGUCAGCUGCAGCUUUGGCCUUCAUCUUUAACUUACUUCUAUUCUAAUCCACCUGUGAGAAGAACAAAAAGUGUGUGCGCUAAACGAACAAACAAACAAAACAACAAACCCUACAACAGCGAAUCAAAUUCUAAAGUUAAAUAAAUAAAUAAAUAAAUAAAUAAUAAACUUAACUUAUUAAAACUAAACACUAGUGGUAAAACUUAAACCAAGUAUUAAAAACCCUAAACCUAAGUAAAAGUAAAAUACUAAAACUUAAAUACUAAUUAAAAACAAAUUUAUCACAGAUCAGUGUAUCACAGUGUUAUUUAUAUAAAAUACUUACCCUAAAACAUAUACAUAAAUACUUACAACUAAAAUAAAACCUGAAUUUAUAACCUAAAAGUACUUACCCU